UAAUCUCAGUGAUACCUUAAAGAAAUUGAAGAUAACAGCUGUUGACAGAACUGAAGACAGUUUGGAAGGAUGCUUGGAUUGUCUGCUUCAUGCCCUAGCUCAAAAUAAUACAGAAACAAGUGAAAAAAUACAAGCAAGUGGAAUACUUCAGCUGUUUGCAAGUCUUUUGACCCCACAGUCUUCCUGCACAGCCAAAGUAGCUAACAUCAUAGCAGAAGUAGCCAAAAAUGAAUUUAUGCGGAUUCCUUGUGUGGACGCUGGAUUGAUCUCACCACUGGUACAGCUGCUAAAUAGCAAAGACCAGGAAGUGCUGCUUCACACGGGCCGAGCUCUGGGAAACGUGUGUUACGAUAGCCACUCCCUUCAAGCUCAACUUAUCAAUAUGGGUGUUAUCCCUACCUUAGUGACGUUACUGGGCAUCCACUGCCACAAUUCAGCUCUCACAGAAAUGUGUCUAGUUGCCUUUGGUAAUUUAGCAGAACUUGAGUCAAGUAAAGAACAGUUUGCCAGUACAAAUAUUGCUGAAGAGCUGGUCAGACUCUUCAAGAAACAAGUGGAGCAUGAUAAGAGAGAGAUGAUUUUUGAAGUUCUGGCUCCUUUGGCAGAAAAUGAUGCUAUUAAACUACAGCUGGUGGAAGCAGGCCUGGUGGAAUGUCUACUAGAGAUUGUUCAGGAGAAAGUAGAUAGUGACAAAGAGGAUGACAUCGCCGAACUCAAAACUGCUUCAGAUCUGAUGGUUUUACUACUUCUUGGAGAUGAAUCCAUGCAGAAACUAUUUGAAGGGGGGAAAGGCAGUGUGUUCCAAAGAGUCCUUUCUUGGAUCCCAUCAAAUAACCACCAGCUACAGCUUGCUGGAGCAUUGGCGAUUGCAAAUUUUGCCAGGAAUGAUGGAAAUUGCAUUCAUAUGGUAGACAGUGGAAUUGUAGAAAAGCUCAUGGAUUUACUGGACAGACAUGUGGAAGAUGGAAAUGUAACUGUACAGCAUGCAGCCCUAAGUGCCCUCCGAAAUCUGGCCAUUCCAGUUGUAAAUAAAGCAAAAAUGUUAUCAGCUGGGGUCACAGAGACAGUUUUGAAGUUUCUUAAAUCUGAAAUGCCUCCUGUUCAGUUCAAACUUCUGGGAACACUAAGAAUGUUAAUAGAUGCACAAGCAGAAGCUGCUGAACAACUGGGAAAGAAUGUUAAAUUAGUGGAACGGUUAGUAGAAUGGUGUGAAGCCAAAGAUCAUGCUGGUGUGAUGGGAGAGUCAAACAGACUGCUCUCUGCCCUCAUACGGCACAGUAAAUCAAAAGAUGUAAUUAAAACCAUUGUACAGAGUGGUGGCAUCAAGCACCUAGUUACCAUGGCAACUAGUGAACAUGUAAUAAUGCAGAAUGAAGCCCUUGUUGCUCUGGCAUUAAUAGCAGCUUUAGAAUUGGGCACAGCUGAAAAAGAUCUAGAAAGUGCUAAGCUUGUACAGAUUUUACACAGACUGCUAACAGAUGAGAGAACUGCUCCUGAAAUAAAAUACAAUUCCAUGGUCCUGACCUGUGCUCUUAUGGGAUCUGAAUCUCUACACAAAGAAGUCCAGGAUUUGGCCUUUCUAGAUGUUGUAUCCAAACUUCGCAGUCAUGAGAACAAAAGCGUUUCCCAGCAGGCCUCUCUCACAGAGCAGAGACUUACAGUGGGAAGCUGAGAACUGCCCUUCCUGACACACCGCUCUUCCCAGCUCUGACUCCCUCUGUCUUCCGUCCUGCCGCCUCUUUACUCCAUUUUCUAGCACAUCACUUGUGCAUGCGUGUAAUGUUCCAGUACCAACUGCUAUAGAUACCACCCGAUAAGCUUUCUAAACUCAUAGUUUGUGUGAACAUGACUGUCCAAACAAGUCUCUACCCAUAACUGUUCUCUUGUAUUCCUGUUGCUUGAGCUACAUUAAGUAGAAUGUGCAUGUGGUAGUCCUAUGAUGACAUAAACUUGAUACUGCAUAAUGACUUGCUCCUCACCUAUGGUAAACUACUUAAUAAUGUACUGGUAAAUUGAAACCGAAUGCAGCAGGAUCUAUCUGUCUAGGUUACUUAAAGACAAAGUCGAAUAGUAAAAUCAGCUCCAUUUUGGUGCUUGGGAAACACGGUGACCAAAACAACUAUGGCUGCUCGUUCAUUAGUCCUGCCUACUGAUAUCAAGCCCAUGGUACCCAGCAUUAAAUGAAAUUCCAUCGCUCCCACUCUUUACCCUAUGGCUCCUUCUUUUUCCUAAGGUUAUAAACUUAUCGAAGCUGCCACAAACUUCGCAAGACUUCAUGAGGUUUCUGAUUCUAUAUCUAAUUGACAGGCUAUCGGUAGCCCAAUGUUGAAAACAUUUGUAGUUUUCAGUCUGAUUAGAACUAUGGGGUUAAAGAAUCCCUAUCACGCUAAAAAGCGUGUGGGGCUUUCCCUAUAUUUUAGAUUCUUUAUUAUGUGUGAUUUCACCUCAGACCUUGCUUCAUCUGUUAAUCAGCAUUGUGCAGCACUUGUCUUUAAAACUCAUUUGGCAUUUGUUUUUAACUGAGUAUAGUUAAUUGGGAAAUGGAUUUUUUUAUUUUUCUCAUUCAGAUUGUAAGCAAGAAAUUUCUUCUUUCAUAAUCUCCAUCUUACAUUAGUAGGGUACAGGAGGAAAGAUGGAGAAAUAAGCUUGCCAGUACUAAAGAAGGGAAGGCAGGUUAUAAAAGCCAUAGUAGCCAGUGCAGUACAUCCUGCAGACAGCCUCCUACGAAUCACUGUUGGAGUUUCUCACCCACACUUUCCCACUGAGAACUGCGCUAAUCCUACAGACUAGAAGAAAGCCAGGACUCAAGAUACAGUGUCCUCCUCACUACCACUACCACCACAAAGGGGUGUUUAGAGCUUUGAACACAGUCUUUGUAAAUUGGGCAGAUGUCCCUGGGACCCAUCCCCUGAGCACCUAAGUUUGACCACUGCUGGCCUAGCAGGCAGGGAGGAAGAACUAAAGAGGAAGAGGAUGGGCCACCAAGAAGGCACCGGAGCCCCUUCCUCUCCAGCGUGAGAUCCCACACAUCAUGUUGGGAGGUGAUCUGAGUUGGAGUUUUGACUCUAAAA